GUCAGAGCCUGGAUCCACUCCAGAGGAGGGGGAAGAGGAGCAGCAGAGACAUCUUGAAGGCAAUGGGCUGGUGCAGGCACAGAGUAGCCGUGACGGAAAGGAAGAGACUGAUGGCGUUCCAGCAGAGGAAACAGGAAUGGCACUCACCCCAGCAGAGCAGGAUGCUGUGGAGACCCCAGAGCCUCCUGCAGUGGUGAUGCAGCCAGACACUGGGGAUGACGAGGAAGUGUUAGAAGCUGUUCCUGCAGAGCAUCCAGAAGAGAGAUCCAUCCCAAUCAAGCAGGAUGUCCCUGGGGCCGUGGAACAGGAGGUCUUUGGAGCCCCAGAGCAGGAGCCAGAGCAGGCGGUCUUUGGAGAGCCGAGGCAGGGGGACCUUGGAUUCUCCUUGGAUUCUCCAAGAUUCUCCUCUGAAGAGGAUAAAUCCAGUGAGGAUUUCCCAGACGAAGCAGGGGUGGAGAGUCUUCCUUUCAGCCAAAGCAAUCUGGAGCAGCUGGUGAUACGCAGUGGGAGCCAGUCCCACACCUCUUCUUUAGCUAGUCCUCAGUGGUCUGCCUCAUCUGUGGGGGUGGAGGUUCAUGUCGAAUCAGUCCUUGACGCAGGUGUAGCCAUCCCCUCUCCCUACCCGGAAGCUGACUUCCAGCAGUUUCAUCCACAAAUUGGUGAGCGUGGGAGCAGGCAGGAGAAAAGGGAAGAAGAGGUACAUGUGGCAGAUGAGGAAGCUGGAACUGAGGGCAGCGAGGAAGUAGAAGAAACGCAACUGAUUGUCUUGGACCCAGAACAUCCACUGAUGAAAAGGUUCCAAGCUGCCCUCAAGAAUUACCUCACCAAACAGAUGGCAAAAGUGAACCUGGACCUUCGGGAGCUGAAAGAGGCCACAAAGAAGGGCAAAUUGCAGAGGGAGGAGCUGGGAGUGGUGCUUUACGGAGUCCAGCAACAGCUAGCCCGCCUGCAGAUGGAGCUGGAGAAGAGCCACAGCAGGCAUUCGCAGAUAGCCAUGGUGCGGCGGCAGCUGGAGGAUGAGCUGCAGGACCUCAGGACUACGUACAAGAAAGCGUGUCAGAACACCCAGGACGAGCGCAGGAGAGUUUCUGCAUUGCAGACAGAGGUGGAAAACCUGGCCCUGAACCUGUUCUACAUGCAGAACACAGGCCAGGAUGUGCGUGAUGACAUAUCCGUGAUGAAGCGGGCCGUGAAGAAGGCUGAAGUGGAGCAGAUGCAAGCUGAGGUGGAGAAGAAAAAACAGGACCUGCAUGUGGACCGCUUAACGAGGAAGGUCGAUGAGCUGCGGGAGCAGAUCGCUUUGUACGAAGCUCAGUGUAUCGCCCAGGCUGAGGAUACAAGACUGACACGACAAGCUGUGAGCGAGGCUUGCAUGGAGAUACAAACUAUUAACUUGGAGAAGAAGCAACUGAUGCAGCAGUGGAACAGCAGUCUGACUGGGAUGAAACGACGAGAUGAGGCAUACACUGCCAUGCAGGAAGCACUGAGGCAGUCUAGGCACCAGCUCACAUCAAUGGAGAUGGAGAUUGAAAUCUACAAAAAGUCCAUCACGAAGGAGGAAGAGAGGAACGAGUUGCUGGCUACCAUCUUGAACCGCUCUGAAAAUGACGCCAACAUGAGCAGGAAGCUGAUUGCCCAGUGCCUGGCCAAGCAGGAUGCCUUGCAAGUGGAAUUCAGCACCUACACCCGUGCUUUGCAUGAGACAGAGCAAGCCCUGGGCAGGGCCAGCCUGGACCAAGCUACUCGCCUGAAUGAACUGGGGAUUGUGAAAAAAGAAAUAGAGAAGGAGACUGGAUGCAAACAGGAAGUGGAGAAUGAGAUCAUGGCAAAGCUGCAGGAUCAGUUGAUGUCCAGCAAAGCAGCAAAGUAUUUCUCGCAGUUGGCUGCAAAACUUCAGAUGAGAAAGAUGGAUCUGGAGAUGCAUUUUUCCAAAGUUGACAACAACACCGCCCAGGUGGCUCUGGAUAUAACCCACACCAACUGCCGGCUAAGCACGCUCCAGAAGACGCUCUCUGAGCUGGAAAAGGAAACAAAAACGAUCAACGACUUGGUCAGCCACAGUGAGAUUGAGAUCGCCAAGCGCAACCAGCUGAUCGAGCGCAAGCAGGGCAUUAUCAACCUGUACAACAAGAAAAUGGAGACCAUGAUUUCCCAGCUGGGGGGGCAAGAACUGGGACCUUUGGAGAUUGAAAUCAACAGUCUCACCAAGCAGAUAGAUGAAUACAACUCGGAGGUGAUGACACUGCAGAAAUACUGGCUCCAGCUGCAGAAGGAGCUGGUCAAGCUGACCCAGGAGCAGGAGGAACAGCUGGUUUCCCUGGAUAUGUUAAAGAAAGAGAUCACCAUCAGGCAGCAGAAGAAAGUGCGCAUUGAGAAUGAAAUCCAGCAGGAGAAGAAUGAGCAGAAGGACAUUGAGCGACAUAUGAGGAACAUGUCCAACGACAUGAUAAAGCUCAACAUGCUGAUCAGUAAGAACAGCAACAGCUCACAGGAGCUGCAGCAUGGCAACACCAUCACGGAGAACGAAUUUGUCCGCUCCCUCAAGGCUGCUGAGAAGGAAUCGAUCGAGAUGCAGGAGAAGCUGGACCGGUUGAGUGAGGAGAAGGAGAGACUGCUGAACAGCCUGGUGGAAGCAGAGCACCAGAUCAUGCUGUGGGAGAAGAAGAUCCAGCUGGCAAAGGAGAUGCGUGCUACGGUGGACUCGGAGACAGGGCAAGGCGAGAUCCGAGCCAUGAGAGCAGAAAUACAUAGGAUGCAGGUCCGCUAUAGCCAGCUGACAAAGCAGCAGGAGAAGAUGAUUCGAGAUAUGGAGGCAGCCGUGUCCCGCAGAGAGACCAUCACCAUGCGGGGCGAGGGUCAGAGCAAAGUAGACAAGAAACAAAUCACCAAGAGUGACUUUCACUACAAGAAACAGGAGCUGAGGAGGAAGAUCAGUGAAACCCAGAAGAGUGGUCAAGACUGCAACAAAACAAUCCUGGAACUGGAGAACACCCAGGCGUCUCUCAACACCGCCCUUCUGGAAAAGCAGCAGCAGGUUUCCAGUUUGCAGGCUGAGUCCAGUGCUCUGGACUUGGACAUAGAGCGGCUGCAGGACAAGAAACGCUGGAACCUUUCAGAAAUCGUGGCCUACCAGACCCGGCAGAAGCACCUGCAGGCAGCCAAGGAGGGAAAAUACAUCUCCCUCUGCCGGAGUGAGCAUGCCCUGCAAAGCGAACAGAGGAAGCAGCAGAGCCGGCUGCAUAGCAUUAGCAUCAUUGUCUACCAGAUCCAGCAGGAAUACCCCCAGUGCCAGCGGGCACUGCACCAGGUCAGCCAAGUCCUGGAGUCCAAGCUGGGCUCCCUGGAAGCAAAGCAGGCCAAAGGACAGAAUCAGAUCUGAACAGAGUGUUUUUUUUUUUUACCAUGUUCACAAAUAAAUACAAAACAGCACUUUA